UUGAAUUUGAAUAAUGUAUAAUAUCCACGUUUUACAACAUGCUCUACGCUUUUAACAACCAAAUUUACUCCUGCAGAUGCUAAAACACUAAGACCCAUCUUCGGCUUCCAGAGAAGCGUGCAGUGCACUCUGCGAAUUUUAUGACUUCAAACACUUACGAAAUGACACAAUAUGCCUAUGUGAUUUAAAACAACAACAACAACAAAAAUAUCAUCAACAACAAAUUAUGGCAAUGAACCUUCCUUCUUUUUGGCACGCGAACUCACCACAACGAAUUGAAUUGAAAAACAAGUUAUUGCAAUACAUACGAGUCAUUUAAAUGGAAAAAAUGAACUAUUUUUUAAAGAAUGACUAAAAUACUCAUUGUAGUAUGGUGUUAAAAUAGAUUGACCCCUUCAGUGCUGAGACGUUUCCGUCUCCAAAGAAGAUAAAAUGUUAAUUCAAGAGGGAAUCAAACAAAGCAGUAUAUUUUCCCCCUCCCCUCUAUCAUCUCUCUUUAUUUUUGUUUAUCAUUGUCUAUAGUAAAUAUAUCCCCUAAAAGUUCUCGUAAGGCCAGUAGAAAAUAAAUAGUAGACAACCAGUUUGGCAGAAAUCACGCCAGUGCAUACGUCCACACAGCAGUGAGGAGGUAUAAUCAUCAAUCCUCAUGUGGCAUUACAUUUUUAUUGGUCCUCUCAGAGCGCCACGAUUUCCUAACAACGUUGUGGGCAUGGACACUUUCCCAGGACUACAGGAGCAUUCUAUGACCUACAGAAAUAACGAGAAGUAUCGAGACAAAACUGUCUUAGUUGUUGGUGAAGAUUUUAUCUGGCCAAGUAAAAGUUUACGGAUAUCUGACUGAGAUGAGGAACACAGAAGCUGUUUUUGACGACGGUCAAAGUGUCACGAGCAUAGACUCGGUUGUGUAUUGCACUGGCUACAACCAGGACUAUUCUUUCCUAGAUGCCGAGACCAGACGAGCGGCAGUUCCCGAGGAAGGUGGUGUUGAGCUGUACAAGUACACAUUCCCGGCAGCUGCACACCACAACACAAUCGCCUUUGUCGGCCAUUACAGUGGAGACAACGCCAUGUUGCCGCUUGUGGAGCUUCAGUGUCGCUUAGCAACAAGGGUCAUGGCUGGCAAACAUAAACUGCCAACUCCUCAUAUGAUGAAAGAGGAUGCCGAUGCGUGGAACGCUAUAAGCCUAAGUCGGAAACCGAGCCAAAGGGUUCCAGUAAUCCCUUUUGUAUAUUUCGCUGAAGAGCUCGCCAAAGACUUGGGUGUCUACCCACACUUCUGGACCCUGUUCUUUAAAGACCCACGUCUUGCCUAUCGCACCUGGGCUGGUCCUUGGUUUCCCGCCUCCUACCGCCUUCUGGGUCCAGACAGCACAUGGGAGGAGGCGCGCCGUACAUGCCAUCAGAUGUUUGAGGAAGAUCUCAGUAUGGUUUGCCACAGGAAGGUCAAGCCGUUACCCAAACAAACAAGUGGCAAACUCUGUGGAUGGAUGCGGCAAGGCGUAUUGUUCCCUUCAUUGGCAAUCAUAAUGUGCUAUCACUUGGGAUACUCUGAUCUUUUGGCCGAACUCCAGUUGAAGAUCAGAUGGCUUCAUGAUUUGCUUUCAUAGACUAAGUAAACUGUAACAAAUGAUUCUUAGAAAAAAUCUAACAGAAACAAAACUGCCUCUUAAUAUUAUGUUUACAAUAAUAAAACAACCAUCAUUCUCAUGAAUGCUGAAAUGUUUAUUUGUUUUUCUCCAAUAUCAAAGGGGCAGCAAUGCAAGAUGCGUGGGCGAACCACAGCUGUGCUAAAUGAUACCAAAUAAAUUCCCAAACUAAUAUGUAAGGCAUAAUGCCUCUUGACAGAAGCUCUAGUAGCAUAAUGCAUGGCACAGCUUUGUUUGGGUGAUACACUU